AUGACAACAAUCGAACAUUUGUCGAAUGAAAUUUUCUACGAAAUCUUCGAAUACUUUGAUGCAUAUGUAAUUUUUAAUGGAUUCUCAAAUCUUAACGAACGUUUUCAAUUACUUCUCAAUUCUUCAUUAACACGAUUAAAAUUAGAUGAUAAUUAUGCUCAAUCAAAAGAACUUUUUCUGAAUAAUUAUGAAGAACUUCUUCAUAAUCAUCAUCAUCAAGCACUAUCAAUACAUUCAUUCGAUGAAAAUACAACUAAAAUAAUUUCAACGAUUAAAUCUAAUCUAUCAUUAUUUCAAUCUCUUCAAUCACUUAUUCUUUAUUCUAUUAAAUCCGGUAUUUUGUCAUCACUUAUUCAUCAAUUAUCCUCUUUACCUAAUUUCUAUUCAUUAACAAUUGAUCUAUGUACUGAAGAACAAGAUCACACGAACAUUUACCAACCAAUUUUUAAUUUAGCAAAAUUAAAAUACCUUAAAUAUCGAACAUGUGAUAAUGAAGAUAUUGAUAUAGUUAUUUCAUUACCAAUAGCAACAACUGAUCAACAAAAAACAUCAAUUGAAUAUUUUAUUAUGGAUCAUGGUUGUUCUAUUAAAGAUCUUUUUACUUUAUUAUCCUAUACACCAAAUGUUCGUUAUUUAAAAUUUUUAAAUCUUAUUGAUAUAAAUGAUUUAAAUACGAUUGAACCAAUUAAAUUAAUAAAUUUAACAAAACUUUCAAUGGAAAUUUCUGAAAUGACAUUUGAUGAAUUUGAAAUUCUUAUUAAAAAAAUAAGAUUCAAUUUAAAAAUUUUAUCAUUAGAUAUUAGACAUGAAGACAUGUCAUAUCUUAAUGCUAAACGAUGGGAAGAUUUUCUUCAUGAAAAUUUAUUACAAUUAGAAAAACUUUAUUUUAAAAAAACGGUAUAUUUUUCGGAUGAUUAUGAAACACCAAUGUAUUUAGGAGAACAAAAUGAAUUUAAUUCAAUAUUUUGGCUUGAACGACGAUGGAUAUUUAAAGUUGAAAAUGAUUCUGGACAUUUAAUUUAUUCAAUUCAACCAUAUAAAAGAAAUUGGUAUGAAUAUGGUUCGGAAUCAAACCAAUUAUUGAAAUCUGUUGAAUUUGAAAUAGUUGAUGUGUCACCUGAACACUGGGUAGAAUCAAUCCAUAUUAGUGAUCAUAUUUAUCAUGCAUUAACUAUUACACAAAUCUAUCAUUUACGAAUCUCAACGACAAUUUCUCUUGAAAAUUUAUAUAAAAUUUUACUUCUGUUACCUGAUAUUGAAACGUUAUCAUUAUUUCGAUUAUUAUUUACUAAUUCAACAUCUAUAACCGAUGAAGAACUUCAACUAUUAUGUUUAUUAUUUCGUGAAAACCAUUUUCAAAAACUUUCUUUUAGUGAUGUUUAUCAAGUGGCUGAUGUUCAUUUUUUAAUGCUUAUUUGUUUUCAUGUUAAUCAUCUUCAUCUUCAUUGUAAGGAUUAUAAUCAUGUUGAAUCAUUUGUAGGACUUAUAUUAUCUCAUGUUCGAUCAAGAACAGAUAGUAAACUUCGAUUAUUAUCAUUUACUAUACUAAAGUUUGCCAAUGAUAUGAUCGAAUUCUUAACUAAAAUAUCUAAAGAAAAUAAAUUACUUAAUGAUUUUAUUAUUGAACAAAUUAAUAGUGAUGUUUAUAUAAAAUGGACAUGA